AUCUCUUUGUCUCCUGCACUGUUUCGCCCUGCCAUUUCGAGUGGCCAUCACAUCUGCCAGCAAUGGCUGCACCAAGGAUCUUCUGCGCCGCAGCUCGACAGCGUUUAAUACAGCCUCCUGCAGCAGUACCAAGAAUAGCGCCAUGUUCUACGACGAUCACCAGCAUCGCUGCACGGAGAUGUGUUUCGAAAGGUUACCGGCCUGCGAUCGUCACGGCCGGACAACGAAGAACAAUUACAAAUACCGCCCGACGACGAUUCGCUUCGGUAGAUGACGACUAUUCAAACCCGCUCAACGCAGAAAGAGAAUCGGAUCAGGUCGAUAUAUGCAUUGUUGGUGGAGGUCCAGCUGGCCUGAGUGCUGCCAUUCGCCUCAAGCAGUUGGCCAACGAUGCCGGGAAUGAGGACUUCCGCGUCCUCCUUCUGGAGAAGGCCGGAGACAUUGGAGACCACAUCGUAUCUGGGAACGUGAUUGAGCCUUCUGCCCUCAAUGACCUCUUACCAGAUUGGAAGUCGGAGGAUAACCCGAACCGCUUUGAGAAUUUCACACCUGCCACCAAGGAUAAAUUGAGAUUUCUGACCCAAAAAGGGAGCUUCUGGAUGCCUCCGCCUCCCCAGAUGAACAACCAUGGCAACUACAUAAUAAGUCUAAACGAGCUUACCAAAUGGCUGGGAGAGAGAGCAGAAGAGAUCGGUGUUGAGAUAUUCCCCGGAUUCGCGGCCUCAGAGAUACUGUACACCAAGGAAGGAGCCGUUCGGGGAGUGGCGACCAACGAUCUUGGAAUUGGACGGGAUGGCAAACCAAAGGACUCUUUUGAGCGAGGAAUGGAGUUCCAUGCGCGAUGUACACUGUUGGCCGAAGGUUGCCAUGGAAGCUUAACAAAGAAGGUGAUCAAGAAGUACGACCUGCGGAAGGACAGCGCACCACAGACCUACGGACUUGGCAUCAAGGAGGUAUGGGAAAUUGACCCAGACAAGUUUGACAAAGGCCUCGUUGCACACUCCAUGGGCUAUCCAUUACCUUCAGAUACAUAUGGUGGCGGCUGGAUGUACCACUUUGGCGAAAACAUGGUCUCCAUUGGACUCGUGGUUGGCUUGGAUUACCCGAAUCCGUGGUUGGCGCCUUAUGGCGAAUUCCAAAAGAUGAAGCAGCAUCCAUCCUACAGACAUUACCUUGAGGGCGGGAAAUGCAUCUCGUACGCAGCACGAACACUCAACGAAGGUGGCUUCCAGAGCAUACCAAAGUGCGCAUUUCCAGGCGGAGCUCUCAUCGGAGAUACAGCUGGUUUUCUAAACGUUCCCAAGAUCAAAGGUACACACACUGCGAUGCGAUCUGGUAUGCUCGCUGCCGAAGCAGCAUACUCCGCGCUGGCAGAAAGCAAGGAUUCUGAGGGUGCCGUGUUCCUGUUCGACUACGAGGACAAGCUUCGCAAGAGCUCCAUCUGGAAGGAAUUGAAGCAGGUACGGAACAUGCGACCCAGUUUCCAUACACCCCUCGGGGUCUACGGCGGCAUCAUGUACUCUGGUCUCGAGGCAUACAUCCUUCGCGGCAAAGCUCCUUGGACAUUGAAACAUGGCAAGCCGGACCACGCAGCAACCAAGACAGCAGAUGAGUGCAAGAAGAUCGAGUAUCCUAAGCCUGAUGGCAAGAUUUCGUUUGACAUCCUGACCUCUGUGUCACGGACGGGGACCAAUCACGAAGAAGAUCAACCUUGUCAUCUACAGGUGGCAGACUGGGACAAGCAUGCACAGAUGGAGUAUCCCAAAUACAAGGGCGUGGAGAACAGGUUCUGCCCCGCUGGUGUGUACGAGUACGUUGAAGACGAAACGAAGGAUCUCGGAGUGCGCUUCCAGAUCAACGCCCAGAACUGUGUCCACUGCAAGACAUGCGACAUCAAGGUUCCAGAUCAGGACAUCAACUGGCAAACACCGCAAGGUGGAGAGGGUCCGAAGUAUGUCAUGACAUGAUCGAGGUUCGCCAAGUGCAGGACGUGAGCGCUGGGAUGUGUUCAUAUGGUGCUGCGUAUGUACAUAGCAAAUUAGAAAACGCAGCAAUCAUAUCGGCACGAUCAGUAGCCUCAGGUAUUCUGCAGAUUCCAUUCAAAGAUGCACC